AUGCGUCACGUGCUGUGUGGUUUGGUUCUUGUACUAUGUUGCGUUUUCGGAUCUGUGCUUGCUGUUGAUGGAGGUGCAAAUCUUCAGGAUACCGGUGUACUUGGUGCUCGUAGUGCUUUGCCGGCUGAGGCUCAUCUUAACACAGAAGCAUUGGCGACAGAAACAACUGAAGAGUGUGCUGAUGAGCAAAAGAAAACGGGUUCUUGCCCACAACAACCCGCAGAGGCAUUGCCUCUAAAAGAUGGUCAACGGUUACAACAAGAAACUGACGUACGUACACAACCACAAACCACGCCAUCACUGGGAAAUGGGCAAUCCUCUCUUUCUGGUCGUGGUGGUGAUUUACAGGAAGGAGAGAGAGAGCAAACUGAACAGAUGACUGAAGGUACAGGUAGAGGUGGGCAAGCAGGGAGGAAUGAGGAAAGUAAAGAAAACGAGAACCAAGAACCAGGCAGUGAAGAUUUAUCCCAUUCUACAAGGCAAGGGAAUUCAGGCGGACAUGGAAGCACACAGAGGAUUAACGUGGAAACUGGUAUGCCAAGUGGACCCAGUACAGCCAGCAAUACUAAACAACCUCACGAAGGUCAUUUCACACAAUCUACAUCCACUGACAGCAGUACGCCAACCACUUCUCACAGUACUUCAGCCACACCAACUAAAGGAGAAUCAGAAACCACAACGGCUGGGAAUGAAACUUCAUCUGGAGAGAAUGAAUCAGCAAGUAACCCAAGUGCUGGAGGAAAUGCAGACGCAACACCGAAUAACUCACCAAAUACGAACCCUGACACCUCCAAUGCACCCAAUAAUGAGGAAUCAACCAGCACCACCACUACCACCACCACAACAACAACAACAGUUCCUCCUGAACUCACAAACAACAAGAAGGGUGAUGCAGACAGCAGCAGCAGUAUCAGCAGUUCUGUGUGGGUGCGUGUACCACUACUGAUUGUGGUUACACUGGCCUGUAUUCUUGUGUGCUGA